AAAUACUAUUCUUGUUCAUAUCAAUCAAAUCAAAAUCAAAAAAGAAUUAAAACACACUUCUAACACUUAAAAAAGCAAAACAUGUUCUUUCUCUCACCUUCCAACUUUCUCAAAAAAACAAAAUAUCCAAAUCUAAAUCGAUAUAUAUCAUCUUCAACCUCCCCCUAUUAAGCCGCCAAUCUCUCAAAUCACCCGUCUCUAUAACCCAAAAACCAUGAGAGCCCAUCAUGAUUUGAUAAACACAAUCUUACCCGACGAACUGAUCCUCGAAAUCUUUCGCAACCUCGAUUCCAAAUCAAGUCGCGACGCAUGCUCCCUUGUCUGCCACCGCUGGCUGACCCUCGAGCGAUUCAGCCGCGACACGAUCCGAAUCGGCGCGUCUGGUAGCCCUGACGCACUCGUUCACCUUCUCGCUCGCCGAUUUCCUAAUGUCACUAAUGUUUAUAUCGAUGAAAGACUGUCUGUUUCGCUCCCUGUUGAUUUUGGAAGAAGGCGCAAUGCUAGACACUCUGCUCUUUCUUCAGUUAGGCUUCACUUUCUGCCCGAGAGAAGUGAGGCUGGAGCUAGUGAAUCAGAUUCAUAUUGUAUAUCAGAUGCUGGUUUGACUGCUGUUGCUGAUGGAUUUAGCAAACUUGAAAAGUUGAGCCUAAUAUGGUGCUCCAAUGCAACAAGUGCUGGCCUAACAUCUGUAGCUGAGAAGUGUAGAUUCUUGAAAUCGUUGGACCUACAGGGUUGCUAUGUAGGAGAUCAAGGUCUAGUAGCUAUUGGCAAGUGUUGCAGGCAACUCGAAGUACUAAAUUUACGAUUUUGUGAAGGUUUAACUGACACUGGUUUGGUUGAGUUAGCUUUAGGAUGUGGCAAGACAUUGAAAUGGCUCGGUGUUGCUGCAUGUGCAAAAAUAACUGACAUGUCAUUAGAAGCUGUAGGGUCUCAUUGUAGCUCUCUUGAGACCCUAUCAUUAGACUCUGAAUUUGUCCACAACGAAGGGGUGCUUGCGGUUGCAAAAGGAUGUUCUCUUCUGAAAAAUCUGAGCUUGCAAUGCAUUAAUGUCACUGAUGAGGCUUUGACUGCUGUUGGUGUCUUUUGUUUGUCACUGGAGUCGUUAGCGCUGUAUAGUUUCCAGAGAUUUACCGACAAGAGUCUUUGUGCCAUCGGGAAGGGAUGUAAAAUGUUAAAGAGUUUAAUGCUUAGUGAUUGCUAUUUCCUGAGUGACAAGGGAUUAGAAGCAGUUGCAGCUGGAUGCUCUGAACUUGCACAUCUUGAAGUCAAUGGCUGCCAUAAUAUUGGCACAUAUGGACUCGAAAGCAUCGGAAAAUCUUGCAUGCGCCUUAGAGAGUUAGCUUUACUAUACUGUCAAAAAGUAGGAGAUGAAGCCCUGUCUGAGGUUGGUAAAGGUUGCAAGUACCUGGAAGCUCUUCACUUAGUGGACUGCUCGAUCAUUGGGGAUGAUGCCAUAUGCAGUAUAGCUACAGGUUGUAGGAGUUUGAAAAGGCUUCAUAUACGCAGAUGUUAUGAGGUUGGGAGCAAGGGGAUUAUAGCUGUUGGCAACAGUUGUAAAUACCUUACAGAUCUUAGUAUUCGUUUUUGCGACAGGGUAGGAGAUGAAGCUCUGGUUGCUAUUGGCCAGGGUUGUCCCUUUUUACGUCAUCUAAACGUUAGUGGCUGCCACCAAAUCGGAAAUGAUGGAAUAAUUGCGAUUUCAAGAGGGUGCCCACAACUAAGUUAUCUGGAUGUGAGCGUUCUUCAGAAUUUGCGGGAUAUGGCGUUGGCAGAGGUGGGUGACGGAUGCCCCCUACUAAAGGAUAUAGUACUAUCGCAUUGUCGUCAAGUAACAGAUGUUGGUCUUGCCCAUUUAGUUAGAAGAUGCAAGCUGCUUGAAUCUUGUCACAUGGUAUAUUGCCCAGGUAUUACAUCAGCCGGGGUUGCCACGGUAAUAUCAAGCUGCACAAACAUGAAGAAGGUUUUGAUCGAGAAGGCAAAGGUCAGUGAGAGGACUCAAAGGCGGGCAGGCUCUGUCAUCUCCUAUCUUUGUGUUGACCUGUAGCAAGGGAAAAAGGCACAUGGGUUUGACUAGUGUUAUAGUUAAGUUUUAAAUCCUUUUUUUUUUUUUUUUUAAUUUCUGUACUUUCUUUUUAACCUUUGUUUAGAUUAGAAAUGAGAAGAGAAACCUCGGGUGUAUCUUAUGGUCUUUUGGGUACAAUGUUGUAAUAAGGUGGGUGGUAUAUUUAUUUGUAGGCGACCCUAGUUGGUGGAAUGGUGGUGAUCAAUAACAUGGUUUUUAGCAUCAAAAUUUUUAGCAUUCUUAUUUUUAUCCUCUUAAGAAACUUUGCGAUUUA